AUGUUAUUUUGUUCUAUAGACUUAUUACUGAAUACCUCCUACUGUCUCAUAACAUUUUAAAGUGGAUAUUUUUAGACAUUCUAUAAGUGGAUANAGGAGCAGAUAAAACUAUCAUCAUAUGGUAAAUUAAUGAAAAAAAAUAAUGGGUAUGUUUAUAAAUUUUAUAAAGACACACUGAUUGCAUUAGAUGUAUUAUUUCAAAUAGUCAUGAAGAUUUAAUAAUCUCGAGUGGAGAUGAUUCAACAAUCUAAUUCUGGAAUAAAGACCUUCAAUGGAAUUGGCAAUAAAGAUUACUUGGACAUAGAAACAAAGUGGAGAGUAUUUCUUUGAACAAUUAGAGCACUAAAUUGAUAUCUUGUGCAUACAUGGACUAUACAAUCUUAGUUAGUGAAAGAGUUUAAUAAGAUUAAGAAUGGAUAAUUAUUUAGACAAUUAAGGUUGACAACUGGGGUUAAAGUUUAUGCUUUAUGAAUGAUAUAUUGUUUUCUUUUUAACCAUCAAGGUCUGAAACCUUAUUUAUUUAUGAAUUUGAUAAAGAAACUAAUAAUUUUUAAAAAAUCAAAGAAGUCAGAAUAAAAUCAGGAUAUUAAUCAGAUUCUGUAUUUUCUUUGUAGUUUAUCAAAUAAAACUCUAUGAUACUUAAUAAAACAGGCUAUUUUAUUAACUUAAUUAAAUUUAAAUAAAAUGGUGAUUUUAUAAAUGGACAAUCUAUUAAAUAUCAAACUCAAUAUAUUCAAGGAGCUUUGACGAAUGAUGGGUAGUAUUUAGUAACUUGGGAUGAAGAAACAAAAGAAUUAUAGGUUAGAUAAUGUAAAAAUUGA